AUGGAUACCAAAGCUAUCGCGGAGAGAAUAAAGAAGCUUCAAGCUCAACAGGAGCAUGUCAGAAUUGGAGGAAAGGGAACUCCAAGAAGAAAGAAGAAGGUCAUCCACAAGACCGCUGCUGCUGAUGACAAAAAACUCCAGAGCAAUUUGAAGAAGCUUUCAGUGACAAACAUUCCAGGAAUCGAAGAGGUUUGUACUAAUAGCUAAUCUAAAGUGCGAUCAAAUAUGUUUUCAUUUUUUUAGGUUAACAUGAUCAAGGAUGACGGAACUGUUAUUCAUUUCAACAACCCAAAAGUUCAAACCUCAGUUCCAGCCAACACUUUCUCAGUCACAGGAAGUGCAGACAACAAACGUAAGUAUCUCAUUAUGGUGUAUUUUAUUCAAAAAACUAAUUUAAAUCGAUUACCUGCAAGUCUCAUGUGAUUUUCAGUUUUUUUUGUUGCGCAAUACAUGUUCUCACAUGACGAAAAUUUUCAAUCGAUUUUAAAAGUCAAGAAUCAAAUGUUUGCUUAUCUUUGUUAGCGUUACGUUCUAGUCAAAUAUUGUUUUAAUCAAACUGGUUUUCGUGUAAUAUUGAUUGAAACAAUUAUUUAUGAAAGAAAAUGGAACUAUAAACAGAAUAUAAUGUUUUGUUUUUCAGAAAUUACCGAAAUGCUCCCAGGAAUCCUCAAUCAACUUGGUCCAGAGUCCCUCACCCACCUCAAGAAACUUGCCGAUAAUGUCACCAAACUCGGACCAGAAGGAAACAACGCUGACGAAGAUGUCCCAGGUAAUUAUUUAUAAUUUACUUACAUUUAUUCAAAACACAUAUUUCAGAACUUGUUGGUGAUUUCGACGCCGCCUCAAAAAACGAGUCUAAAGCCGAAUCCAAGGCUUAA